AGUAAGAUAUUAAAUGUAUUUUCUUUUUUCCUUUUUACAUAAAAUAUUUAAAAUUUUCUAAGUUUGAAUUCAGUGUAUCGGUUGUACCAAACACAAGCCCCUAUGAUUAUCACCAAGCCUUUUCAUUUUGUUAACCAUUUUAAACUUAGCUCUUUGAUUGAUUCAUGCAAAUCCAUGCAACAAAUUAAGCAAACCCAUGCACACUUAAUCACCACAGCUCAAAUCUCACAUCUUGUUAUAGCCAACAAAUUCCUCAGGCAUGUUGCUUUAUCUUCUCUUACUUAUGCCCACAAACUGUUUGAUCAAAUUCCUCAACCGGACUUAUUCAUUUACAACACCAUGAUCAAAGAGAAUUCUUUGUCGCCCCAUUCUUGCUGUGGUUCGCUUGCGGUGUUCCGCUCGUUAAUCCGGGAUUCGGGUCUUUCUCCGAAUCGGUAUAGCUUUGUGUUUGCUUUUGGUGCAUGUGGAAAUGGCUUGUGUGUGAGGGAGGGGGAGCAGGUUUAUUCACAUGCUGUGAAAGUUGGUUUGGAUAAUAAUGUAUUUGUUGUAAAUGCGUUGAUUGGUAUGUAUGGAAAGAUGGGACUUGUUGAGGAUGGGAGGAAGGUUUUUGAUUCGGCUAUGGAGAAAGAUUUGUUUAGUUGGAACACAAUGAUUGCUGCUUAUGUUGGAUCCGGUGACAUGGUUGUAGCUAAGGAAUUGUUUGAUGAAAUGCAUGAGAGAGAUGUUGUGUCAUGGAGUAGUAUAAUAGCUGGUUAUGUUCAGGCUGGCUGUUUCAUGGAAGCUUUGGAUUUCUUCCACAAGAUGUUGCAAGCUGGGGUCCAACCAAAUGAAUAUACCAUGGUAAGCGCUCUUGCAGCCUGUUCAAAUCUUGUUGCGUUGGAUCAGGGAAAGUGGAUCCAUGUUUACAUUCGGAGGGAGAAGAUUAGGAUAAACGAUAGACUUCUUGCUAGCCUAAUUGAUAUGUAUGCAAAGUGUGGAGAGAUAGAAUAUGCAUCAAGUGUUUUCUAUGAACACAAAGUGAAGCGAAAGGUUUGGCCGUGGAAUGCAAUGAUUGGCGGGUUAGCAAUGCAUGGAAAACCUGAAGAAGCUAUAAAUCUCUUUGAACAAAUGAAGGUUGAAAAAGUUUCUCCUAACAAAGUAACAUUCAUUGCCUUAUUAAAUGCUUGUAGCCAUGGGUAUAUGGUUAAAGAGGGAAAAUUAUAUUUUGAAUUGAUGACUAGCGAUUAUGGAAUUAGCCCUGAAUUAGAGCAUUAUGGAUGUAUGGUCGAUUUACUUAGUCGUUCUGGGCUCUUGAUGGAAGCUGAAGACAUGAUUUUGAGCAUGCCAAUGGCUCCGGAUGUUGCGAUUUGGGGAGCAUUGUUGAAUGCUUGUAGAAUCUAUAAAGAUAUGGAGCGCGGAUAUAGAAUAGGUAGAAUAAUUAAAGAAAUUGAUCCGGAUCAUAUAGGGUGUAAUGUUUUGUUGGGUAAUAUAUUUUCUACAUCUGGGAGAUUCAGUGAAGCAAGAACGCUGAGAGACAGUAGUGACAGGAAAAAGAUCCCUGGUUGCAGCUCAAUUGAAUUGAAAGGAUUAUUCCAUCAAUUCCUUGUUGGAGACCGAUCACAUCUGCAAAGUAGAGAGAUUUAUUUAUUUUUGGAUGAGAUGAUAAGCAAGUUGAAGAUUGCUGGGUAUGUUCCCGAGUUAGCGGAAGUUUUGCUUGAUAUUGAUGAUGAGGAAGACAAAGAGACUGCUCUUUCUGUACACAGUGAGAAGUUGGCUAUUGCCUUUGGACUGAUGAACACGGAACCUGGAACUCCAAUUCGCAUUGUGAAGAAUUUAAGAGUUUGUGCGGAUUGUCAUCAAGCAACAAAAUUUAUAUCCAAGGUUUAUGAUCGAGUAAUUAUAGUUCGAGAUAGGACGAGGUAUCACCACUUUAAAGAUGGAGUUUGUUCUUGCAAAGACUACUGGUAGAUGUGGGAAGUGUUCUUCAACCCUAAUCACUAAUGCUUAAAUUGCAGCAAAGGACUUGCUCUACAUGCAGUGACAUUUGUGAGGCAGUUUCAAGUGUUUUCCGUGCCGGCACAGUGUCUGAGGAGGAACCAGUAUCUUGAGAGUUCGUCAGUUCGGUUAAUUUGCAAAUCCCUAAAGAAGAUUAAAAUUCGUCUAUUUUUGCAAGGUAAAGAUUUAGCAAUGUGCUUUCAAAAGGAAAAAAAAGUUGUUUUCUCUAUGCAUCAAAGUGAGGUUUUUCUGCUGCAUGGUAUGGAUUGUUUGUUCACUGAGUUAGGCUAUUGUAAGGUUUGGUAGAGCAUUUGUCUGUAUAUCUGUAGAUUGAAAAUUAAGUUUCUGUUUGUGUUUUCCCAACAGUUCGGUCCUUGUUGGCAAACACAUUUGGCCCUUACUGGUUACACUUAUGCCUCCAAAUCACUAGUGAUGGCUCAGGAAUGAUGUUGAGAUCUAGGAUACUAUGUUCUCAUGGCAUGUCAAUUACCGAUAUCUCUCUAAAAUGGCGUGUUUGUGUCCAAAACCGACACCAACACUUGUGAUUACGUCUAAUUUAUUCAUUUUUUCAAAUUAUUACCGGUGUUGACGUGUCAGUGUCGGUGUCAUGUUUCCGGUGUCCGUGCUUCAUGGGUCAAUUUUCUCUAAGAACCGAUGAGAUUGAAAGAAAUUCAUCUGUAUUCUAUAAAAGAAUAAUAAAAAUUCCAAAACUUUGGUUUUGUGCGAUUA